AAAUCAUUGUUUAGUUCUUAAUACAACAAUGUACAUUAUUGAAAUUUUAUUAUUCAUCCUAUAGUUAGUAAAACAAAAAGUAUGUGUUUUUAUAGUCGCAGUAUUUGCAAACUGAUUUAAUCAAAAACGUAAAAUUAGUUUCAUUUAAUUAUUGUAGGAUAUUAAAUUUGAUUUACGUUUGUUAUUUUUAAGGAGUGAAUUCAAUUUAUGAAAGUUUAUCGGUUGUUAAACAGUGUUAUUUUCAUGCAUAACUUUGGGAAAUGAAGUUACUUUAUUAUUUACUAGUUGUCCUUUUUAUUAUCAUCGAGCUCAAUGCGUAUGACAUGUUUUACAAUCUCCUGGAAUUAGAAGUGUCGGGACGGAUUCAAAAGUUCCGUCAGGAAAUUGAAAAUUAUCGCGAACGAUCCAGGAAGCAGCGCAAACAAAUUGAGGACGAAAUAGACACUUAUUUAGAAGCCGAAAAGGAGAAACUUUUAGUGAGUCUGACCAACGGAAAAGCAAUUGCAAACGAUGUAAAAGACACGGUGUACCAAGAACUGAAGAAGCACAUCGAAAACAUGCCGAAAAAAGUGAAAUCCACCGUCGUUCCCGAAUGUUUGGACAAAGUUGACUCAGAUGUGAAACGUCAAUUGACAAAUGCGGAGGAAAAAACGGACUCUGACGAAAGGUAUAUAGCAGUGUUGAAGAAGAAUCAUGAAAACUGUUUGAAAGAUCAGAAAUGCGAUAUGGCUGCCCAAUCGACGUUGCUGAAGAAGAGUAAGAAAGACUUGCAGGUAAACUUGUUCAGAUGGCAAAAUUGGACGCAGAAGGACAUGGAACAUGACAGUGAGAAGUACAAGGAGUGCCAGAACAAGAUAAAAAAGAAUCCUAUUAAUGUCUACAUGUUUAUGACGAUGGUGGAAGAUUGGAGGAUGAAACUAGACUGGAAGGCGAUUAGCACCGAUUUAUAAUUUGGACAAUUUUACUAAAUUAGUUUAUCUGUAUUUACAAAUCACUGAUCUAAUUAAGUAUUAUGCACAUAGAAGCUUCAAAUUCAACCAAUCUAUUUUUAUUUAUAAUGCUUUCAAACAACCAAAAUAAUGUAAACGUUAAUAUUCACCUAUGUUAAAUAACCAAUAUAUGAAACACAAUAGGGCCAUUGAAUAAAUAGAAGGUACA